CCGCCAUAUUGUUCUCGCGAUGUAAACAAUAACAUUAAAACAUGAUCGGCAAGGCAAUUCUUGUUUUAGUUUAUUUUCUUUUGGUGUUUUUGCUUGCAAAAUGUCUCGAUCUUUCUUCCAGCUGGCUCGAGCUCGGCUGUGUCGCAUCUCCGUUGUUUAAUCCCUUCGCAUUGAGCGUCAGAAAGUUGAAGACUUUGCUUGACGAACGUGGCAUUAGCUAUGUCGGGAUUGUGGACAAGAGCGAAUUGGCUCAACUCGUGAAAGAAUCGGGAAGUUUUAACUCGGAAGACAACUGCACGGAACUUGCAGACAGCAGAGAAAGCGAGAACGAUGCAGAGACAACGUAUUUCCGAAGCUCUUCGCAUUUGUUCGAAAAAAUCGAGGACACAAAAGCAAGCGGGUGGUUGGUUCAAAUCAUUCCUCAACAUAGAAUGUCUCUUUUGUCGUUAAAACAGUGGAUAAAACUGUCCAGGAAAGUGAGGCUUUUGGGAAUCAAAACAGGAGUGUUUGACUGUAGUUUGAACCCUCGUUUAUGCGCUAAAAACGGUUGGGAUACGAAAUGCUUGCUGCUGUCAUCGCCAGUUGGCCAGCAUGCCAAAGGAAAUGUUAACAUAAAUAUUUACAAUUCUAAGCCUUCAGUCGAGCGAGCAUUUUCAUGGUUAAAUGCUGCUUUGGCCACGCGUGUUAAGCGCUUAAAAUCAUACAGAGAAUACUCAAAAUAUUUGGAGAAAGAUACGGGGAGUUAUAAAACGACAAAAAUCGUCCUAUUUGGUCGACUUGAAGAGCCACCGGCUCUUAUGUCAUCCCUAUCUAUAAAGUUUACAGGGAGAGUACAUUUUGCCUAUUUUAAAAUCACAAAACAAAAUGUCGAUGAAAUUCGUGAAAAAGUUGGUACAGAUAAGUUUUCUAGGCUCUUAGUUGUGACACCGGAAAGGACAUUUUUCUACGGGACCAGAAAAGGGGAACAUAUUGGAUAUAAAGCGAUGGAGAUGUUUUUGACAACUUUGCACCCUGAAGUGAAUGACAUAUUCCUGUUGGCCAUAAUUCUUGUCAAUCAAGUUUGUGUUCUGGAAUUGUUUCUGACACCUGGUGGAAUAUUGAGAAAAUCCAUAAAGUUCUUUCUUUUUGCUGCUUUUGCAAACACAGCCCUGAUGGUUGCAUGGUUGCCCUUGGUUUGGAUGUUUCGGUUGAACUCUACACAGCCUUUACUUAAUUUUGGCCUAAAAGUGUGCCGGUUUAUAACAGACAGUGAGCUGCUGUCUUUGAUCAGAUAUCAUGUCCUAAGAUAUUAUAAAACUCCUCUGUUGUUUGCAUUGAGUUUUUGCGUGUAUGGGUUUUGUGCAAAUCGGCUGAGAAAAAGGUUCAAGUUCCUUCGAAACGAUGAGGAGGACACACCUGAUUGGUUCUACCAGGAUUUGGUCUAUUUUCAAAGGUUCUUCCACUCCUUUAGAUCCACCAGAAGCAUGUAUGCCAACACAAGGACAAGCGAGGAUAGCUUAUUUACAAGAACAUAUGAAGAUAUUGUUAUACAACACCUGGCGCAGCCUGCCCUGUGGCUUCAACCACUUGUGCCGACUGAUUUCGUGAAAGACCUGCCAGUCUGGAAGAAUUGCAACUGUCCAUCACCAACAAGUAAAAAAUCCAAUAGAGCAAAACUAUUCUGCGAUCCAAAUUUAUGCCAAUGGAAAUAUCGGCCAACAAAAAUAUUGAUGACAAGGGAAUGCGCUAUUUGCCUUGACGGUUAUUUAAAAGACUGCAUUAUGGUAUCUGUACCUUGUCGACAUGUAUUCCAUCAAAAUUGCUUAGAAAAAUGGUUCAAAUCUGGAAACCAGUAUAAAACUCUUAACUGUCCUGUUUGCCGGUGGCCUGCAUAUAAAACAAAGGCAGAAACCCUUGAUGCACCUGACACUCUCUUAGAUUGAUUGGUGCCUGGUAUUUUCUC